AUGCAAUUCGCAACUCUUCUCGCAUUCGUAGCCGCGCUGGCCUCGCCCGCGAUCGCGGCCUCAUGCAGACCAUACAACAACCCGGGCAUGAUGGAAGGCAACUCCUGCACCGCCAGAGAAUCCUGCCCCUGGGGACAGAGAUUCGGGGAGAUCAAGGGGUACAACUUUGGCGAUGCUGGCAAGCCGUGUUCUGUUGACUUCACCUGCUGUACUCGGUAA